UUUUCACCGGCUCUGUUACUUAUUUAUUUGUUCGUCGCCACGAUGACCUCAGAGUUUGCGCGGCCGCAUGAGGGAAACGAAGCGACACAGAGUACAAAGCGGGACUUUUCUCGUAUCCAGCAUGAUUCGAAAGACACCGAUGCACAGGAUGAGCAUUCUGCGCCGGACAUGAAACGAUCGAAGCUGGAUGCAGACCAAGCAAUAGCUGUUGGCGAACCAACUGGAGAUCAACAUAUUUGCCAACAAUGUCGUGACCUCAAUUUACCCGCCUUAGCCCAGGCAUUUGAAGAGUCAGAUUAUAAAAAAAGGCGAUAUCCAACACCAUGGGUGGGCGUUGGGCCUGGUUAUGAUGGGGCUGCGACUCCAGUUGGAAUUCGAUAUAUGUCAUCACAAGACUCCACCUGCAUGAUAUGUCGGGUGCUUGCCGCAUCGCGACUAGAACCUGGGGUAGACCCACAGGACAAAGAAUCUUCUGGUGAAUUCGAAGGUGAUGAACUAUGGGCUUUUCCGUUCAGGUACAUGAGUCCCCUGGUGCCUCCUCGGAUCGAAUCAACAGAUAGAUCUGUCUAUCUAGUCCUGGUGCCCCACAAAUAUCUCUCCGUCGAUAGCCUGGGACACCAUAUCAGCUCUGAAGGCUGCGCAGCUCUCUUCCUUGAAGAGAUUCAUCCUACGAUAUAUACACCACAAUUGAUUCGUCAUUCAUUCAGUCCCUACGUUGUUAAGCCAUGGCUACAGUACUGCUUGAAGAAUCACCGACGACUCUGUAACGCAGAAGCUGUACCUGUAAGUGGCAUGCAAGUGAUAGACUGCAUGACGCGUUACAUCGAAGACUAUGAAGCAGAUACACCAUAUAUCACCUUGAGUUAUGUUUGGGCUUCAUCAGGAAAUGCGUGUGGCAGUAUGCGGACCAUAGAUGGGAAGAAGUCGCUUCCAGAGAAACUGUCUGCGGUGAUCGCAGACUCGAUCGAAGUCACAAAAUCUCUUGGCUAUCGUUAUCUCUGGAUUGACAAGUUCUGCAUCGACCAGAAUGCUCCGGACCUCAAACACGAACAAAUCAAACAAAUGGAUAGGAUAUACCAGAGUUCUGAACUUACCAUAAUCGGAGCUGCUGGCCAGGAUGAGACCUAUGGUUUGCCAGGAGUCGGUGUUCGAGAACGGGCAAAGCAGUUGGUCGCCAAGUUGGACGGUGCUACAGUGCUCUGGACUCCAAAAGAUCCCCACGAAGCCAUUUUAAGCUCUCACUGGUCAACUCGCGGCUGGACUUUUCAAGAAGCGGCCUUGAGCUGCCGUCGACUAGUGUUCACUGACGACCAAGUUUAUUUCCAAUGUAACACCAUGAAUUGUUUUGAAAGUGUUUCUUGCCCGCUUGAUGAGUUACACAUAAGCGACAAAUCGAUGACAUACGAUUUUCUCCGAGCCGGUGUAUUCGGAGGCAUCAGUGGGCUAGAAUCUGGCAGCGUCGAUCGCUACAAAUUCUCUCCGAUUGAAACGCUCGAGUGGUAUGCAGCCAAUGUCGAGGAAUACUCAACUAGAAAUCUUCGUUUCGAUGAAGACUCACUCAAUGCGUUUAAGGGAAUAAUUCGGCAAUUCUCAAAGCAACAACAUUCGCUUCUCAACAGCUGGGGCUUGGCGUAUCCUGCAGAACAGAAUUUCAGAGCGCAUUACUUCGCCUGGUCGCUUACCUGGAAGCACAUAAAUACAAAGAAGGGGUUACGUCGCCGACCACUUUUCCCGUCAUGGACCUGGGCAGGCUGGCAGGGCAAAGUCUGGUAUCCCCUCUGGGCUGGUUCCGGUGUUGCAUUUGAAAGUGGCUUACGAGAAAUCAUCCUCCAAAGCCCAGUCGACGAAAGUGUGCGCCUAGAAGAUAUAUCCCAGGAAAACAUGGACGUAGUUGGAGAGUACAGAUUAUUGAGAGUCACCGCGAAUACAAUCGCGAUUGCGCCGGAUUCCUAUCAGCCUAAGUCCCAAGAACGCAGGCCCUGGGUUAUAAGCGGUAGGAGAGCAAUACUUUAUAUGUCUGCUAACUCGCAAAAUGAUGCUGAAUUGUGUGAAUCUUUUCAAGAUACCGCACGUUGGCAAUUCAUUUACAUUGGCAGAGAUGAUGUAUCCGGCUACGUGAUGGUGUUAGAGUCUCUUCCGGGUUCAAAUAGGUGGCAGCGAUCCGGGCUGCUCGAGCUGGUUAUAAAUACCUCCCAUAACGAUUUUUGGUUAACCGAUCCUUCAAUCACAGGCCAAUCUACUUUUCUUAUCGAGUAG